GUGCUAGAACGAAGCUCACUUCCGCCCGCGGCGGAGCUGCGGUGGUGGCGGCGCAGGAGGCCCGGCCCGGGUCCCCAGGGACAGACGGACGGACGCACGGGCGGUUGGCCGGGAGCCAUGGAGUGCGGCCCCGGGGCCGGCGGGCGCGGGCGGCGGGUGUCCCACUGUAUGGCAUGGAGACCUGUGGCUGCGAGGCUCCCGGAGGCCCACCUUGGACCACGGUGGGGCCGGUCCGCGGCCUCCUAACGGGACUGAGGUGUGCGGCCCACGAGCCUGGCCGCCCGCUGCCCGCUUCUCGGAGCACCCCCGCCCCUCCCCUGGCCCGGCGCGGGCCCGGCGCCCGCCAUGAACGGCCUGUCGGUGAGCGAGCUCUGCUGCCUCUUCUGCUGCCCUCCCUGCCCGGGCCGCAUCGCCGCCAAGCUCGCCUUCCUGCCUCCCGAGCCCACCUAUUCUCUGGUACCUGAACCCGAGCCGGGGCCCGGCGGGGCCGGCGCUGCCCCCUCGGGUCCCCUGCGGACCUCAGCGGCCACCCCUGGACGCUGGAAGAUCCACCUGACGGAGCGUGCUGACUUCCAGUACGGCCAGCGUGAGCUGGACACCAUCGAGGUCUUCGUGACCAAGAGCGCGCGCGCCAACCGCAUCGCCUGCAUGUAUGUGCGCUGCGUACCGGGUGCCAGGUACACGGUGCUCUUCUCGCACGGCAAUGCGGUGGACCUGGGCCAGAUGUGCAGCUUCUACGUGGGCCUGGGCACGCGCAUCGGCUGCAACAUCUUCUCUUAUGACUACUCCGGCUACGGCAUCAGCUCUGGCCGGCCCUCGGAGAAGAACCUCUAUGCGGACAUUGAUGCUGCCUGGCAGGCCCUGCGCACCAGGUACGGCAUCAGCCCGGACAGCAUCAUCCUGUAUGGCCAGAGCAUUGGCACGGUGCCCACGGUGGACCUGGCGUCGCGCUACGAGUGUGCUGCGGUGGUCCUGCACUCGCCUCUCACCUCCGGCAUGCGGGUGGCCUUCCCUGACACCAAGAAGACCUACUGCUUCGAUGCGUUCCCAAACAUCGAGAAGGUGUCGAAGAUCACGUCACCGGUGCUCAUCAUCCACGGUACGGAGGACGAGGUGAUCGACUUUUCCCACGGGCUGGCACUGUAUGAGCGCUGCCCGAAGGCCGUGGAGCCGCUGUGGGUGGAGGGCGCCGGGCACAACGACAUUGAGCUGUACAGUCAAUACCUGGAGCGCCUGCGCCGCUUCAUCUCCCAGGAGCUGCCCAGCCAGCGCACCUAGCCAAGCCACGCCACAGGGACCUCAGCAGUAUACGGGCCUCCUGCCGGGGCUGCAUGUGACCCGGCGCCCAGGACCCUGCUCAGCCACCCUAAGGGGCCCCGAGCCAUGUGCAGGUGACAGAGGUCCCUCUUCUCUCCUCGUGGAAGAAAAGAGAAGGAAAGAGGGAAAGUAAUUAAAGGUUUAAGAUUUUA